GAAAAAGAUUACUUUUUAAAACGAGAUAUUAAAUGAUUUUACCAGAACUACACUUACUAGUUGGAUAACUAACGUUACUCGUAAAUGACCUAAUCAAGCACGUCUAUAAAUGCAAGCUGAGUCUAAUUAACGCCAUAUUUCCCAAUGGCUGCAGGACGUGAUAGACCUGAGCUGACCAGGAGCUAUGAGGGCCAGUCACUGUUUGACUUUGACAGAGGCUUUUGUACAGACCGGAGUUUGUCUUUAUCAGCGGUUUCUGAUGAUAGCUUCCUGAGACCAAACAAAGGCAUUGUGCUGGAGUAUUUAGACCCCAACCCUGCUGUUGCACCAUGUCUGAACUACUCCACAAAUCUUUUAUCCCCUUUAGUUGUCCUCAACAACAUUCUCUCUCCAGGCAACACGCUGGGCACAGCGCUGAGAAGUCCAGUGGAAGGCAAGUCCUCCACACCCUACAAGAGAGUCAAGUUUCAAAAGCCCAUUCAGGCCAGCUCGCUGGACCAGUCCUGCGUUGAUCUGACAACUACACACCCCUCAUGGGAAGUGUCCCUUGUGAAGGCCAUAGUUGAGAGCCCAAAGUCAUGUUUGGAGUCUACAUGGAGUCCCAUUAACCUGUCGGCACCUCCUGAGGUCUCGAUGAUAUGGUCAGGAACGUCACCUCACCCGAAUGUUUCAGAGGAGCUUCAGCGCUCAUGGAAGGAAAUGGUUUGGCAGGGAUCUGGUCAGGUUCCUGCAAUCCCAAAUCUCAGAGAGGAACAGAACUCCUCUAACUUGGCCAUUUGAUAGACACCAUAUUUUAGGCUUCUUACUAGAGUGGGACCCAUGAUUUUGUAAAUGUAUUACUAUUAUAAAUGUAUUUAUAGAAUGUAUUUAAUCAAAAAAUAAAGCAUGUUGAAAUUA